AUGGACACGUUGUCUAUGCAUCAUGACAACAAGCCUCUGGAGCUGGCCGGCCACAACGGCUUCAGUGAAAGCCCAACGCCCUUAACCCAUCUCCCUUCCGAGAUACAACUCAUCGUCAUCGCACAUCUAGAUCCUGCGAGCCUGGCCAUCACAGGCGCCGUACCGGCACUUUUUGGAAUACAAUUUGUUUCCGAUGCUUUCGUCAGAGUUUUCGUUCCCUGCCCACAAUCAUGUCCGCUUUCAACAUCCCCUCUCAAGGCCCCUGGUGGAAUCCAGGGGUUAAAACAAUCGUCCAAGUACCACUCCGGUGGACGCAUGACAGUGCUCUCAACGAGAAAGAGGCAUAUAUCUGCCGCUGGUGCUUAUGGCCAUUACGUAGUGAUACAGCAGCAAGAGAAUACUCGAAAGGGGUUUCAUGGCCGCGGCACCCGGUGCGUCAUCGAUGGUUUUGCAUUGAGCGCAGCGGGAGGUAUUGCAGCAUUCGCCGUAUACGCGGAUUAUGAGGAACUCAAGCCCUUAUACAUACCUGCUGCCAUUAAUUUCGCCUUGAUGUGGCCUCAGCUGAUUGUCGUCUUUUGGCCAGCAGAUCACACUCACGCCAGGAAGCGGAUUAAACCGUGGUUUAUUUGCGUGGUUAUGGAGUGUAUCAUGACGGUUUUGUGGAUUUCGCCUAUAAUCGUUAAUACCCAAAAAUUUGCACUACUUGUCGAAUAUACUAUGGGCUACAGCUUCCCAGUAUUCUCGUUGUGCGUCUUCGUCGCAAACCUACGAGUUGACGCAAUCAGCAUUUUCCGAUUUCUGAACACAGCCGGCUAUUUGCUUUUGUACUUGGGAUAUGAUUCCACUGAUCUCUACCUUCCGGACAUAUCUUUACGGAGGAAGGCUCUAUAUGGGACUCGUACCGCUGUCGAAUGGUGGGCAUACUCAGCGAAAUGGUUACAGAUACCCAGGCCGCGUGGCGACAGCCUUCUGCAAAUAGCCCAGCCGCACUGCUACGUCGCGCAUGCACCUCCAAAACCUGCACCGCACAGACAGCUGCAGGCUAAUAUAGUCUACGCACAUGUAUAUAAGCACAUUUCUCAUCAGCAUGGGUAUAAAUUUGCAAAGGGUCCAGUCUCAAUGAGACAUCUGCAACGGGCCGCCGGUAUGGACAUCGUUGCGUCUAACAAGGAAUAG